AUGGCUUCGACUCAGGCUAGUGGUCUCAGUGCAAAUAGAAAGCCUCCCAACUGGAACGAAUUCUACAAAAAUGGUGUACCUAAAGAGAUCAUAGUAAUAGAUGACGACAGUCCUCCCCCACAAGCAUCUACUUCGAACGUCUGUGAUCAGCAACAGGACUCCUACUCGAAUGCUGGGAGGAAAAGAAAAAUAGAUCAGGGUUACGAGGUGGAAUAUGCAGACAGUCCUGUUUACUCCACACAUCAUGCACAAUAUGGGAAUUCUUCUUCCUCUAACUCGGUACACUCGGGUGGAAGAACGAAUUCUAUACAGACAGUAACCGCCCCAACCUCACUCGAGUCAUACGGCGGUACCACUGCAAGCAACUCCUAUGAAGAUGUGCGUAUAGGUCAGAAGAGGAAAAGAGUAGCUCCUCCAAAAGAGACAAGACAGAGUACGAAGAGAAAACAGCAAGAGGCACAAACAGAUCCUUUUCUGGACUACAUUCCUCCGUCAAAACCGCCGAGGAAAGCCGGCGAAGUCAAUGUUCCCGUUGUUCGAGAUGUACGUGUGGGAAGCCUAAUACAAUCGAGCAUUUCUAAUAGCCAGCAGACCAUUCACAAAAAUCAGAAGGUAGACGACGAGGAUGGACACUACAUAGUAGAGGAUGGGCUACCUUUGACCGAGCGAUACGACAUCAUCAAACUUCUUGGACAGGGCACAUUCGGAAAAGUUGUAGAAGCAUUCGAUAAGCGGCGGAAAACAAGAGUCGCCGUUAAGAUCAUUCGCUCCGUGCAAAAAUACCGGGAUGCCUCACGGAUUGAGCUGAGAGUACUUUCCACUCUGGCUCUUAAUGACAAGACCAAUCGCAACAAAUGCAUACAUCUGCGCGACUCAUUCGACUUUCGCAAUCACAUAUGUAUAGUCACAGAUCUGUUGGGCCAAAGUGUCUUCGACUUCUUGAAAGGCAACGGCUUCGUGCCAUUUCCAAGCAGUCAAAUACAGAGCUUCGCUAGACAGCUCUUCACCAGUGUGGCGUUUCUGCACGAUCUGAACCUAGUCCACACCGACCUCAAACCGGAGAACAUUCUGCUUGUUAAUAAUGCUUAUCAGACAUUCACAUACAAUCGCACGAUACCCUCCUCCUCUCACACGACGCAACGAUCUGCUAGGCAAAGACGCGUAUUACUUGACAGUGACAUCCGACUGAUAGAUUUCGGCUCUGCAACCUUUGACGACGAAUAUCAUUCCUCGGUUGUCUCAACGCGGCAUUAUCGCGCACCUGAGAUCAUACUUCAGCUAGGCUGGAGUUUUCCCUGCGAUAUAUGGAGUAUUGGCUGUAUCAUAGUCGAGUUCUUUACUGGUGAUGCUCUGUUCCAGACGCAUGACAACUUGGAGCAUCUUGCCAUGAUGGAAGCCGUCUGCAAUGGGAAGAUUGAAACAAAAAUCAUCCGUCAAGUCAUGCAAAACAACAGGAGUAACACUUCAAACACUGCAGCAAAGUUCUUCAACAAGAACAAGCUUGACUAUCCCAAUAAUGAGACAUCUAAACCUUCACGCAAAUACGUGAAGGCAAUGAAGCAUCUGAAUGAUUUCAUUCCUGCAAAUACGACCUUCAACAAACAGUUAUUGGAUCUAUUGCGCAAAAUCUUUGUAUAUGACCCGAAACAGCGGAUAACGGCCAAGCAAGCCCUCAAACACCCGUGGUUUCGGGAGUCUAUCGUCGACGACGGGACCGAAGCUAUUCGUAUACGAGAUGAGCGAGCUGCUGCCGCUGUUGUUGCGGCACAACAAGCUGGCCCAGACCCAAAAAGACCAAGGGUAUGA